AUGGAGGAUGCGGAGGGCUGGACGGCCUCCCCCGAGGACGCCACUCAGCAACCUACCGAUGAAUUUGCCAACGGAAGCACAUGUGCGCAGUCAAAUGAGGCUGACAGCAGCCCCAAGGCCCAAGCUAUCAUCGAUGCUUGUGAGAGGAAAGACCUACAUCGUCUUGUUGAGCUAGCUGAGUCGCAAGGCGGUUACCUCACAUCACACCUGAGGAGACACACAUGGCCUUUAUUGUUGGGAUUAUCGCACAACCAAGCAGAUGAGAAGGAGCAAGCCGGACAGAACGGCCGUGCAGCCGUUGAGAGCUCCGCCUCAAGUGAGAAGCCCGAACAUCACCGCGAUGAAGCCCAAGUAGAGCUUGACGUCAACCGCGCAUUUGUCUAUUACCCAAGUUAUAACACACAAGCCGAGGAAGAGAAACGGAAGCGAGAACUACAAACCCUAAUUGUUGAAGUCCUCCGGCGCUACCCCUUUCUCAAUUAUUUUCAAGGCUAUCACGAUAUCUGCCAGGUCCUCCUUCUGGUGCUCGCACCAGAGCUGCAAGUGACGGCCGUGGCUCGACUGUCAGUCCUGCGUAUACGCGACUACAUGUGCUCCACCAUGAGCCCAGCCAUGGCUCAGCUCUACCUCAUCCCCGACAUCCUCCGCAAGGCCGAUCCGAAGCUGUGGCUUCACGUCGCCGGGACCAACCCGUUCUUCGCCCUCAGCAGCACCCUCACCAUGUACGCUCACGACGUGACAUCACUCGACGAGAUAUCGCGCCUCUUCGACAUCUUGCUGGCGAGGGAACCCGUAUUCAGCCUGUACAUGUACGUCGCUACGAUUCUCAGCAAGAGGGACGAGAUCUUCGACACCCCGACCGAGGAGCAGGACGUGCUGCAUGUUAUCCUUUCCAAGCUGCCCAAGCAGCUGGACGUGGACGCGCUUAUAGCCUCGGCUGCCCGCCUGUUUGAGCAGCACCCGCCCGAGUCGCUUCGCAGUUGGCGGAACAUAUCCAGCGCCAGCGUGCUCAAGACCGCAAGGUCACUGGAGUCUAUCCAGUCCCAGACGCUCGAAGAGGGCGAGGCCUACUUCAAGCAGCAGGAGCUGGAGCUGGAGCGGGCGAGGAAAUGGGAGGAGCAGCGCAAGAGGGUAGCAGUCAUCGUCUCCAGGUACAAGCAUCCUGCCGGUGCGGUGGGCCUGGCUCUGCUGGUUGGUGCUCUCGCUUUUUGGUUGCGCAGGUCGCCCGGUGUCGUCUCUCAUGUCUCGAGCGUCGUCUCGGCUGUGAUCUCGUUCGUCUCACGCGGGUCGUGGUCGUCAUAG